CACUAUCUAUGAUAAAGCCUAGACUUCUUGCAGAAAAGGGUGGGCGUAUUUUCGCGAGGGUACGGUAUUUUGGAAAAAUAUGUCGUCUCUUCGCCAUCAAGAUGUCAAUGCUGAGUUAAGAGAAUUGGAGAAGACCUUUAAAGACUUCAAGAAGAGAGCUAAGUGUGAACGAGAGGAACUCGAGCAACAAAUAGAAUUUGAGCGUAAACAAAAGAAAAUUAAGCGGCCUACACAAACAAGUCAGUGCAGUGGUGUAGUGGACCUGUCCCCAUCCGUCUCCGAGAUCUCCGAUAUGCCGUCCGUCUCCGAGAACCAGACCUUAGCAAUCUCUGUUGGCAACAGGCCAAAAUGGGAUAUGGAGAGCAUCAGCCACACUGCCAAAACGAAGAAUGUUGUGUUCCAGCGGAUGCCACUACAGACGCACUGGUUUGCGAUGUCCCUGUAUGACGUUUAUUUAAAAUUCCAGAAAGCUUCCGCUUCUCCUUCUCCUUCUCCUUCUCCUUGGAGUGUGGAUUUUGAAGGGCAACAGCUCACACUGGACUUACAAUCCCUAACCAAAGCCUCUGCCCAUAUCAAAAUGGCUUGUAGAACGAGCAAGGAUGAGGAAAAUGUACCUUUUAGCAUCCGUUCAACCAGGUCACUGCGGAUAAGUGAAUUGUGUUUUUCUGCAAUUUUCUCUGCAGGCCUCAAUAUGCUACUGUGCUCCUGUCCUAACGUAACGAUCAUUCAUCAAGGGCCUGUCCGAACGAGACCUAAAAACCCAGGCAACCCUGAAGCAGCAGAUAUAUUGGGUGUUCGCAUAACAGAAUCCGAUUUUGCCGAGAGUAUCUUUGUAUCGGACCUAAAGAUGUUUGACAUGCAUACCGCUGAUAAUGAGACUGCACUGUAUGCAAAAUAUGCUGCCAUCAAUCAAUCAGUUCUUUCAGAUGAUCGAUGCAUGAUAGUUCUUGGGCUGUCAGGAACCCCCCUCUCAGCCACAUUGUGGGCUUAUUUGAUAGGCAACAAAAAAAUUUGGGCUGUACCGAUUAUCACGGAAGUAUUGGCUUUCAAUCCGUCCUUCUUGGCCACACUAUCCAUCGGAAUUCAGUUCUUAGCAGAGACGCCUAUAUUCUACAAUGCUUUGGAAUGUGCCAUACCAUUCAAGGACAUAUCAGUCACUCCACUGAAGGCAAACGAAAACAACAGAACGUAUCUGAAUACUGAAGAUGGUCACAAGACAGUAGUCAAAUUCUUCGAUACGCAUGAAUCAGCACUGUUGAGCAAUGUUGACGUCAUGAAAAUUGCUGGUGUGGUGGUGAAAGAGAAAUUCCUCACUAUGGACAAAAGGCUUUCAUACAUAGAGUACAAGUACUAUGAUGGGGGUCACGAACCAGUUUCUCUUUCACAGUUCCGUAACAUCUUGUGUAUGCUGCACAAACUGCACAAGAAGGAGUACGUUCACGGGGACAUCAGACAAAACAACUUGGUGUUUGACAAAGACGGCCGUGAUGGGUACCUGAUUGACUAUGACCUUGCUCGCUUUUGUGGGAAGGGGAAACGGCCCUUGUACCCAAAGGGGUAUAAUUAUUGCGAUUCGAUACGCCAUCCAGAUGCGAUGGCAUUCAGGCCGAUGCAACCGAGCCAUGACAGGCACUCCCUGGCAAUCAUAGUGGAGAAGUACUACCCAGAUUCUAAAGCAGUUAUCAGCAAAAUUCGGUCCAGCGAACCGUUGAAGGAUAUUGCUGACUUAUGUUGACGUCAAUGGUAGACUAACUCUAUAACUCUAAUGUAUCUACUGCCUUUCAAAUUAAAACUCACCCUUAGAAAUGUAUAAUUCUACUAUAUUUGUUGAGAUUUUGGA